GAAACAUAACCCAUUAACAUUAAAAGACAAAAAUAAAUUAUAAUAUAGCAUCAUUUUCUUUAUUAUUAUUUCUUUUUAUUAAACUAUGAUAAAAACACUACAUAAAUCUGAAGACGCUUCGUUAACUUUAAAAAUUAAUCCAGAUUUUCGGGGUAUUUUACGAGGGUUUGCUCAUGAUGUAUCUGAAGGAUGCUCAUUAAAUGGCGAAUUACUUUUAAAUGUACAUCAUCAUAUAAAAAUAAAAGCACUUGAUACAACUUUAACAGGAAUAUGUCAAGUCAGUUUUAGAACUACAAAUAGUAUGGGUGUACCUACCCCUGAUGGAUCAGAGAGCCGUAGUAUAUAUAAGAAACGAAUUGUUCAUUUUAAUGAAAUAGCUGACAGUACUGGUAAUGAACAUGCUCUAAAAUCAACUGAAUUUGAACCAGGAACAUAUAAAUUUCCAUUUUCAUUUAAUAUUCCACCAACUAUUCCACAAACUUUUAAAGGAAAAUAUGGAUCUAUUGAAUAUGAGUUGAGCGCAACCGCUACUCGAAGUAUGUUCACCCCAGAUAUUCAUACGGCAUGUCCUGUCAUUAUUCGUAGAUGCUUAAUGAAUAACCUUGAUCCUUUAGCUCGAGAUACACAAGUAAUACAUGGGAAAAUGCACCCUGACAUCGUUACAUAUUCUGCCACUGCGCCGUCUAUGGUUUAUUGUGAAGGUGGAUUAUUAGCAUUAGGACUUAAUAUUCAGCUAAAGGAUCCCACAAAAUAUUCACUCAAAAUGGUAACUUGUGGUCUUCAAGAAAAAAUAAAAUAUAGAACAACAGGUAAAAGCUCUUUAAUCAAUCAAGCCUCCUAUUGUGAUGAAGUUCGGUAUCCACUGGGUUGCAGCACGUUCUUUCCUUCAAAACAUCCAGAAUAUAAUCCAACCGAAUUACAUAAUUAUAAUGCUAUAUUUCGACUUUAUCCUCGUGUUCAUACAGAUAAUAGUGCAAGUCUUAUCAUCGUUCGCCACUUUUUAGUUAUUCGAAUGAUCAUAAGCACUAAUCAUAUUGUAUCAAAAAAAAAGUCAACGGACACUAAUGAUACUAGUAUAAAUAAUGGUGGGAAAUCAUUUUUAACUCAUUUAUCCUUGAAACAACACAAUAGCUCAAGUUCACUGUCUGUUGUCUCCCCAAUUAAUAUGAGAUUCAACACAGAACAUUCUUCUUCACCCUCAUUAAGCCGUUCAUCUUCAUUAUCAGAGACGUCCUUUGAUUCAACAUCGAGUGAUUCUUUGUCAUCCUCAUAUUCUGUUUCUACAUCUUUGGAGCAAAUGAAUGCAUUUCAAACAAAUACUGUAAAAGUAUCUAAUUUAAAGCUACAUGAAGAACUUCUUCGAGGAAACAAUAGAUUCAGAGAGAAUGAAGUGGGUUCGUCAGAAGUAAAUAACAAUGAUGAUGACAAUUGCCAAAUAGAUCGACAUUUAGGUCAUUCACUUACAAUGCAUCAUCAUUUCAACCCUUUUAAAUUUCAUCGUGAUCUUGAAGAAGGAGCUUAUGAAUGUCAUUUAAGUGUUCCAAUUAUUGUGACAUCAAGAGAAGAAUAUAAAGAAGGCAGUGUACCUGCUUUACCUGACUAUGAAACAAUUGUAGAUGAGCCACCAAGUUAUUUAGCUGCUAUUCAACUACUUCCACCUGUUCCUAUAUAUCCAUCUAAUACUGACAUGAAUUUGCAACAGAAUACAAAUAAUAACUAAUAAUUUGAUUUAACAGGAUCAUUAUUCUGCCUAAAUAUGAGAGUCAGCUUAUACAAACUAUUUUUUUUUUGUGCAAUUUUCCUCGUGGAACUUCACCUUUUUUAUAAAAUAUGUUCAAAGAUUAUUAGAAGAAGUUCCAAAAAAAA